AUGUCGGCGGGCGGGCUGUAUUGGUGUUCUCACUGUAAGAAUAGUUUAAAAUAUUCUCCCAAUGAAGAAAAGAAAAUAAAAGCUAUGUUUGUGUCACAAGAAAAAAAUGUGGGCAAGAAAACUUUUCAAAAACCAAAUAUUCUCAGGAGAAAACCUAAGAUUUCAGGCACAACACCAAACAUAUCUACUGUAAAUGAAUCUCUGGGAACAAAAUCUCUAGUCACCAGUUCGCUCCAUGUUAACAAACCAAGCAUAUCUGCCUGUGAAACCCUUAAAUUUGACGUAAGCUCGCAACCAACCGUAACUAAAACUUCUCUACUAAAAUUUUCUGUAGCCAAUAAUAAUGUAGACAAGAGUGAUAUGAAUACAUCAAAGGAGACUGAUAUUGAAGCCAAUAUAUUUAAAUAUACAACUGCUUCUAGCUUCAUAGCACCAAUCGGUGGUGUGGAUAAAAGUAAUGAAGAAAGUACAUUCAAUAUAGCAUCAUUUGUAAAUAAUAAGCUCUUGAAACAGAGUAUGUCUUUGGAUAACAUUGAUGAGAUGGUGUAUACUGUAAAGAAUGAGAUUCAGCCUAAACCAGAAUGGUGUUUCGACCUUCAUAAUAAUGAUGUUAAGAUUCAAAAUUAUAGUGUAAACCAGUUGGCUGACACUGAAGAAAAGUCACAUUUUGUGGUAGAAGAAAUGCCUUCUGUAAUUCUAACUUCUGUUAAUCCGUUACCAAAACAACCGCAUGAAGUUAUUACGACAACCCCAACUCGAACUGUAUCUGUCGAGCUGAUAUCUAAUAGAGCAGUUAAGUUUAAGUGUGAUGAAGUUAAUUGCAAUAAGGGCUUUUGGACUGAAGAAAGGCUGAGAAAACAUAAAAAUUCGCACAAUAGACAAACAACUGUCAGGCCUCCGAGUCAAAUGACAAUAGAGUGUCCUGUAAAGAAAGUGCAUAGUGAUGGAGUUGAAGAAAAGUGCCCAUGCACAUUUCAAGUUAGGAGAGAGCUUCUGAAGCAUCUCAAUACAGAUCACACCCCUGAAGAUGCUCUUCAUAGGUGUGAAGUGUGCGGACGCCGCUUCUUCUGGGCGUCAGGGCUGCGCGCGCACGCGCAGUCGGUGUGCGCUCGCGGCGGGCUGGCGUGCGCGUGGCCGGGCUGCACGCGCGUGUUCCGCCUGCCCUGCCGCCUGCGGGAGCACGCGCGCGCGCACACGGGGGACCGCCCCUAUCACUGCAGAUACCCCGAGUGCGGCUGGGCGUUUCGUUCCGCGAGUAAGCUGGUGCGGCACGCGCGGCGCCACACGGGCGAGCGGCGCCACGCGUGCGCGGCGUGCGGGCGCGCCUUCCUGCGGCGCGAGCACCUGCGCGACCACGUGGCGCGCCACCACCUGCCCGCCGCGCGCGCGCCGCACCGCUGCGCGCACCCAGGAUGUGAACAAUCUUUUACAAACAUGAGCACUCUGUACAUGCACAUGAAGAAAGUUCACAGAAAGGAUGAAAACGAAAGUGUCUCCCUUGCUGUCUCAGAUCAGGUCGCGAGCGAAGAAGUCACCGCUGAAAAUAUGUAUUUGGUGAGCGUGGUCCCGGAGGGCGAGGCGGAAUGGCACGCGGCGCGCACGCACUGCACGUGGCCGCUGGCGCCGCGCAAGGCCUCACCGCCGCCCGCCUACGUGCUGGACGACGACGUGCACGUGGAAAAUGCUGAAGGUUCAACGAGUAACGUUUAUACAGUGCGAAGCGACCUGUUCCUUCACGGGAACAUACCCAUUGACGAUGAUAGCCAAAAUAUUGCAGCAGAAAUGGCUGACAGCAGCGGAGCGGUCGCAGCCAUUGACACUGAUCUGUGUCUCAUCGACUCUCAUCCCACUAUUGAUCUCAUGUCGGAGGAGCUAAUGUAUGAAGAUACUGCAGUAGACGAAUCCUCAUUCCGGGUUUUACUCAUGAACGGGGAGGAGCUUGCCUUGUGA